AUGGCCCAAUUACAAUACACCCAUGAAGAUUACACCAUCGGGUGGGUUUGCGCAUUACCGAAUGAGCAAGCAGCUGCAAUCUUCAUGUUGGACGAGAGACAUGAAGACCUCGUUAACCCAUCAAACGAUCAGAAUGCAUACACUCUCGGAAGCAUCGGGAAGCACAAAGUUGUUAUCGCUGGCCUACCCAAGGGACGGCAUGGCAAUAACAGCUCAGCAACAGUCGCAACCCGAAUGAUAUCUACUUUCCCAAACAUUAGGGUCGGCCUAAUGGUUGGAAUUGGUGGAGGCAUUCCAGAGAAGACUCGGCUCGGCGAUGUGGUCAUUAGCUGCCCAAGUGGUACGGAGCCGGGUGUCGUCCAGUGGGAUAUGGGUAAAGCAGAACAUGGCGGCCAAUUCAAGAGAACUGGGUCACUGGCUCCUCCACCAACUGCUUUACUCACGGCUUUGGGAAAAUUUGAGGCUGAUCAGAUUACAUCAAGGGCGAAGAUGCUCAGCUACCUGAAUGGUUUGAAGAGUAUGCCCACCGUCCCAAGAAGUUUUCUGAAGUCGGACUCUCUCAAGGAUGUCUUGUUCGACUCCAAAUAUGCCCAUGUGGAAGGAGAAGACUGCAGUCGAUGCGAUGAGAAGAUGUUGGUGCAGAGAAAGAUGAGAGAAGAUGACAUGGUGAUCCAUUGCGGUCUAAUUGCGUCAGGCAACCAAGUGAUCAAGGAUGCAAUUCUUCGAGAUAAGCUGCAUCGGAUGUUUGACAAGAAUGUCUUUUGUGUUGAGAUGGAAGCUGCGGGCUUAAUGAAUGACUUUCCUUGCAUUGUCAUCCGAGGGAUCUGUGACUACGCCGAUUCCCAUAAGAAUGAUAAUUGGCAAGAUUAUGCCGCAGCCGUUGCAGCAUCAUGUGCAAAGGCAUUCCUAGCGGUUGUGCCAGCGAGUGAGGUAGAUAAGCUUCAGCGAGUCCAAGUAUCAAUCACUCCAAGUGUUAUUACCGGCGCAAAGUCUUUGGUAACAGGAUGGUGGGGUAGCAAGCAAAACACCCUCUCUGUACCAGGCACAAGUUCGCCUGCCAAUGAGCCUGAAGAUACUGGACAAGACGAGGUCCAAAAGACUCCAUCACUUGGAACAACUCCGUCAUCAGAUACAAACGUUUCAUCGACAAAUACAGAUGUAGAUUCCACAUCUACAGAGGCUAACUCUGGUUCGAAGUCAAGAGAAACCAGCCCGGACAGGAGUGUACCUACGCCAACAUGUCUAGAAUCAUUGCUCCAAGAAACUCCGGCAUUGCUAGCAAAGAUAGUCCAGGGAGGACAAGUUGAAAGCGCGAUAGAUGCUUUGAUCACGAGUCUAAGCAAGCUGAAGGCGCCGCAAGGAGAUAUAAGCCCGCCACAAAAGAAUGUGCCACCAAAUGUUGUGCCGCAAGGCCCUGGCUGGAACAUUUUCCCACAAACACCGCCUAUGUCACCACAAAAUAACGUUUGGACUUCCGGCGCGAAUAACGGGUAUGUGCAAGAUACUCACGGGAUUGGUUCAAGGAACGGAACCUGUACUCCAGCACAACCACCUCGAAGCCAAACAUGGACUCCCAGCGGAGACAAUGUGUACCUGCAAGAUCAUCGCAGCCAUGGUUCAAGAAGAGGUAGCUACAUUCCAUCACAACCUUGGACCGCAUACGAGCACGGAAAUGCGCCUCCCUCCUCUUAUCGUUCCCAAGGCGAGUCUGAUAAUCCAGGUUUUAUUCGGAGUCAAACAUACCCUAGUGAUCCACGCUUCAACCAGCAUUCAGCCUACCAAUCAACACAGUAUCCGAAGUAUGGGCGCAAUGCAUACGAUGUCAAUUACAUGGCAUUGCAAACGAACUACUACCCAAAUGCACCACCGCUGCCUCCAAGGUCUCAAGACAGUUCGGCACGAGGUGGGUAUUACGAGGGUACCCGACAGCAGGAAUACAAUGCUCGAAUGAACGCACCAGGAUAUGCUCCGGAUUUAAGCACCAACGGUCAUCAAUUCGCGGGACCUCAGAGACAGACGAGGUACUCAGAGUUGCCUACUAUUAAUGAUAUAACCCAACAACAGGACAGUGCCAACCUCAAUCCAGGCCGAGGAUAUCCUAGCACGAACCAUUCAAGUAUAGACCACAAUCGAUGGAAUGAGAUUCUCAACGGAGGAUUAUUCUCGAAGAUUCAGAAAGGAGAUGCUGCCGCUGUGAAAAGACUCUUGGAGCAAGGCGCUGAUAUUGAGAAGACUAACGGUGAUGGGCUUACUCCGCUUUGGUGUGCAGUACAGCUUGGGAAACGCGACGUUAUCCAGGUACUCCUCGAUAAGAAGGCGGAUGUUGAGUCGCUUAAUACUCGCGGUCAGAAUAUUUUGGAGUGGGCUGUGGAAAAUCGCCGGCAGGACGUUAUUGAUAUUUUAUUGCCGUGA